CACACAUGAGAAGUGUGUGAUAAGUAUUGGUUGAAAAAGAAAAUCGCAUUCAUAUGCAAUCUAAAAUAUCAAAUGCCUGUUGUGUUUUGUUUUUAGCCCAUUUGAUCCUUUCGAGGGAAACAAAUAUGAAGCAAGGAGAAAUUAGACGAGACUUCGCAUUUGCUUCAUUGAGGAUCAGCUCUCCUAGCUAGCACAAAAUCUCAGUUCUUGUGAAGAACUCCUUUAAAUGCAGUAUCACCAGACUGUGGCUCAGCAGCAGGUGUUGGUGACUUCUUUGUCCUUCCGGACCAUCAAAACAACUACUGCCUUUCAGCCGGCUUCCAUGACCUAGAGGUCAGUUAUAGCUUCAUGAUUCCCCAUGGAGGAUAUUUCACUAAAAUGCAGUUUGUAUGAAAACACCAUUUCCCAGAAGGGUAAACAGAGAAGGCAUAAUAACCUCUGCAAGCUCUCCUAUAAACUUCAAAGAGUUCGUCAGUGCGAGCUGAGCUCCUUCCCUGAAUGAAUUCAAGUAACCCUGGUGCUUGCCUUCUGCGAUGACCAGCAGAUGCAAGCCUGUGCAGCGCCUGCCUAAGGUCUGAUCUCCAGCUCUCGGGCACCCGGUCCAGCCAAGGAAGUCCCAGUAUGGAGUUUUCAACAACGACCGCCAGUUCCGUGGCUGUGCAAGCUGGAGACUCCAAAAUUGUGAUUGCUGUCUUAAAGUGUGGCAAAUUGGUACAACUUCAACUGGUUGAAUCACAGCCCAAUCUUCUAGAAAUUGGUAGCAAUCAAGAUGAAACCAAAAAACUUCUUCAUGACCAUGAACUUCUCUUGGCAAAACUUAAGGCUUUGGAAGAUCAGGUAUGGGAACUCUUACAGGAAGCAGACAAAACAGCUGAAGAGAAUAAGGAUCAGAGUCAGGUGUAUGAAGCCAUGGCCCAGACCCUGGGUGAAGCAUGGGAAGGCCUCGUAUUCAUGCUUGAAAGAAGAAGGGAACUUCUUAUGCUGACCUCUGAAUUUUUUGAAAAUGCUUUGGAGUUUGCAAUUAAAAUAGAUCAAGCUGAAGAUUUCCUCCAGAAUACUCAUGAAUUUGAAAGUACCGAGUCCCUAAAAUCUCUUCUUCAGCUCCAUGAGCAUCAUACUAAAGAACUUCUAGAAAAAUCUCUAGCACUUCUAAACAAAAGUCAACAACUCAAGGACUUUAUUGAAAAAUUCAAAUUUGGUGGUCCUAAUAUAAAUCCUGAAUUAAAUCAAGGAGCUCAAAGCAGCUGUCUGAAGAUAGACAACCUUCUUGAACUUCUACAAGACAGAAGAAGGCAACUCGACAAGUACCUGAAGCAACAGUGGCAGGAAUUGAGUCAGGUUCUGCAGAUAUGUCAGUGGGACCAACGAGAAAGCCAGGUUACUUGUUGGUUUCAGAAAACUAUAAGAGAUUUACAGGAACAAAGUCUAGGUUCAUCACUUUCAGACAAUGAAGAACUGAUCCGUAAACAUGAGGAACUGGUUAUACAAGCAAAGGAAUGGAAUCUGGCUGUGGAGAAGCUGGAGCGUGAGGCCCUGGGGAUUCUGCUGUCAAAAGACCACGUGGAGAAUGCACAUGUACAGCUCUCCAAUCAGAAACUGAAUCGGCUUCAAGAAGAAUUUGGUCGGCUCCUGGCAGAGAGGAAAACCUGGUUACAAAAGGCAAAUGAGUUUUUUAAUAGUGUUAACAAGGCAUUUGAUGUACUUGGAAGAGUUGAAGCUUACCUUAAGCUCCUUAAAGCAGAGGGUUUAAGUCUGCCUAUCUUGGCAGCAAAGCAUGAGGAAUUACACCAAGAAAUUAAAGCCUGCACGGCUGAUGCUUUGCAAAAGGGACAAGCCUUAAUCAGCCAAGUGGACUCUUGCAGCUUUCAGGUAGCCGGUGUCCGUGAGAUGGUGGGAUGCAUUCAGAGACGAGUGGAUCAUCUGACUGAACAAUAUUCUGCACACAAGGAACUUGCUCUUAAGAAACAGCAGUUAACAGCAUCGGUGGAGGACUGCCUAAGGAAGGUGGAAAUGUCAAUUCAGAAAAUUAGUCCAGUGCUUUCCAAUGCAAUGGAUAUUGGCUCUAGCCUUCCUGAAUCGGAGAAGAUUUUGACUAAAUAUCUGGAACUAAAUAGCCAAAUUAAGGAGACAUCACAUGAAUUAGAAACAGCUUUAAAAAUGAUGACAGACAAAAAUGAAUUUGAACUUGAUGGAAUGGCUUCACUUUCUUCUAACGCUAACUGGCUAAAGGAAGAAUUACACAUAUUCAGUCAAAGCAUUGUCUUCAGGUCACAACUCCUGCAAGCUUAUGUGACAUUCCUUAAGUCAUCAAAGGAGGUGGAGGAACAGUUUCAGAGCCUAAAGGAGUUUUAUCAGACUGAAAUGCCUCAAAAGGAAGAAGAUGAUGUUAACGCAAAAAACUGGUCUGAAAAGCAGUGGCAGCUAUUCUUAAAGAAGAGCUUUUUCACCCAAGACCUGGGGCUUGAGUUCCUUAACUUAAUAAAUAUGGCAAAAGAGAAUGAGAUAUUAAACAUGAAACAGGAAAUAAACAUCAUGGAGAACACUAUCGGAAACCAAAAGGCAAGAAGAGAAGAGCUGAGUCAUCAUCGGAUGGCAUGGCAACGGAAGGCCACUGAAAGCAAGCCUUUGAAACAGCAGUGGGGGGCUUUGAAAGAGAAGCUUAAAAAGACUGCACACAACCUAAAGCUCCUUGAGGAGGCACUUAUGCUUGCGUCUGCACUUGACCUUGGAGGAAGCCUCCAGACCAUUCUAGACUUACAACAAAAAUGGAAUGAGAUGAAGCCUCAGUUCCAGCAAAUGAAUGAUGAAGUACACUACCUUAUGAACGAAUCAGAAGACCUGAGUGACCGAGGAGCCCCUGUGAGAGAGAUGUCUCAACAACUGAAGGACCUUCUUCACCUGCAUCAGAAACAGAAAGAGAGAAUCCAAGAUUAUGAGCUUGUCCUGUACAAGGCAGUGCAGUUCCACCGAGUCAAGGAAAAGCUAGGACAUCUCAUCACGUCAAGAGAAGAAGAGUUUCUGGGGCAGCUGAUGGAACUGGAGGAUGCUCAUGAUGUCCAGAUUCAUCUUACCCGCUCUCAAGAGAAGCAGGCCCAUGUAGACCAUCUUUAUAAACUGGCCCUUUCCUUAGGAGCAGACAUCAUCUCAUCAGUGCAUUGGCCUAACUGCUCUAAUGUCUCAGCAAAGAAGCUGCAGCAGCAGCUGGAGGGUCUGGAAGAGGACAGCCGGACCUGGGUCAUCCGGGCUGAGGACCGGGACCGGAUGCUGGCCCGCAGCUUGCAGUACUGCAGCUUAAGAGAUGAGAUCAAUGAGCUCAAAGAAUCAUUCAAAGAUACCAAAAAGAAAUUCAACAAUUUGAAGUUUAAUUAUUCUAAGAAAAAUGAAAAAACUCGAAAUCUGAGGACUCUUAAAUACCAAAUUCAGCAAGUUGAUACAUAUGGCGAAAAAAUGCAGGUUUUGAAAAGGAAAAUAGAAAAAAUUAAUAAUAAAGCUUCUGAUUCGUUCCUCAAUUAUCCAAGUAACAAAGUUAAUGUCCUCUUGGAAACACUGAAGGAUUUGCAGAAACAUGUGGAGGACUUUGACAAAGUGGUUACGGAUUACAGAAGAAAUUUGGACCUGACAGAGCAUCUUCAAGAAAUAAUACAGGAGUGUCACUUUUGGUAUGAAGAUGCAAGUGCCACAGUUGUGAGAGUUGGGAAAUAUUCCACAGAGUGCAAGACAAAGGAAGCUGUGGAAAUUCUGCACCAGCAGUUCAAGAAGUUCAUUGCACCCUCAGUGCCACAGCAAGAGCAGAGGAUGCGGGAGGUUACUGACCUGACUCAACGCUUGUAUGGUGUGGAAGAAGGGCAGAAAUAUGCUGAGAAAAUCAUGGCAAAACAUGAAGAGGUUCUUGAAUCCAUUAAUGAAUUAUGUGGCUCACUGACAGAGCUUGAAGAAAAACUGAAGCAGGGAGAUGACUUAAAGAUGAACCUAAAUUUGGAAGAUGUCCACAAUGAUUGCAUUGACUUGUUAAAGGAACCAGCAAGAGAGAAGCAGACAAUGUUCAAAGGAGGAAAGAGUCAGGAUCAUGUGCAAGUGGCUGAUGUUUGGGCCGUGGACAACACAGGGGAAGAGAAGCUUCCACAGCACCUGGAGCAGCUGUCCUCCGCCAAAGAAGGUGGCCUCCACGGCCUCCCCCUGCCUGAGGAUGUGCCGUCGGGAGAAGAAUAUGAGUGUGUCUCGCCUGAUGACAUCUCCUUGCCCCCACUCCCGAGAAGCCCAGAGUCCCCCCUUGUGCCCUCUGACAUGGAGGUGGAGGAGCCCCAUGGCCUUCAUUCCCCCAGCCUUCCCAUCAGCAGCUGUCAGAUGCAGACAGGGGCCAGAAGUCCUGGGCAGACCCAGGAAUCUGUUCUUCCUCCACCUGCUGCUUUUGCUGAUGCAUGCAAUGAUAAGGGUGCAACAUUUUCAAGUCAUUUUGACAAGCCUGGUCCCCAGUUCAAAUCUGAGCCCCCUGUAACCUCAGGAAGAUCUCUGGAAAAGAGUGUUGCUUUGUACAAAUCCCACGCUAAGCAUCCUGAAAGCAUGCCAAGGGAAGUGCAUGAGAGGGCCUCCCAGCAGCACCCUCAGGCUCAGGGAAGUGUGGGUCAGAUGCAUGCUGAUAAUAACGGCACUAAAACCCAAGAACCAGAGCAGCUGCAUGCUGCCUCUGACACGACCUCCAGCCUCAGCUUUCAAUCCAGCUCCAGCCGGGGAUGUCAGAGGCAAGUGGUUCCCCAGGAAGAAGUUAGAAGCACAGCAGCAAAGAACCACGUGGUCAGCCUAGCUGGCCAGGCUCCUAACUUCUCCAGGCUCCUGUCUAAUGUAACUGUUGUGGAAGGUUCUCCAGUGACUUUGGAAGUUGAAGUAACAGGAUUUCCAGAGCCUACACUGACAUGGUACAAGAAGGGCCAGAAACUGUCUGCAGAUGAGCACUUGCAGGUUGUACACAAGGAGACAAGGCAUUCGGUGUUCAUUCCGAAGGUAUGCGAGGCAGAUGCAGGUCUGUAUGUGGCUCGGGCCCAAAAUUCCAGUGGAGCUCUCUCUUCCCAGGCCAUCCUCCAUGUGACAGGUAACAGCAGGCCACCCAUCACAAGGAUAAACUGGAUAACGCUCGGUGUCCUCUACCUUACUGUCUCCUUAAUACACUGGCUACUCACUCAGUAA